CCACGUGCAUACACAUCAACCUCGCUCACCAAAGCUGUGCGCACAGAGUUGUUUGUAUUCUCAGAUGCCUCAACUAUGGCCAUUGGGGCUAUCGCUUACUUGAGAGCCAUCCAGGAGGAUGGAAAAGUGGAAGUAGGAUUUGUUAUGGGCAAAGCCAAAUUAGCACCCCAGUCUGAACCAACAAUCCCGAGGCUCGAACUCUGCGCUGCUGUCCUUGCAGUAGAAAUGGCAGAUCUCAUCCGAGAGGAGCUGGAUCUGAAAUUGGAUGCUGUCAGGUUCUACACGGACAGUAAGGUGGUACUCGGGUACAUUUGCAAUACGACAAAACGCUUCUACACAUAUGUCCAUAACAGAGUCCAACGUAUCCGACAAUCUACCAGACCAGAACAAUGGCAUUAUGUGUGCACGGAAGCAAACCCUGCGGACCAUGCAUCCAGAUCUCUGCCUGCAUCCCAUCUGACACAGAGUUCUUGGUUCACCGGACCUUCAUUCCUGCAUCAGUUAUCUGCAGAAACAACACAAACCAGUGAGACGUUUGAGCUCAUCGACCCGGGAAAUGACUCAGAGAUUCGACCACAGGUACGCACCUACACUACUCAUCUGAAGGAACCUGUACUUACCCCUGAUCGCUUUCGCCGUUUCUCCACCUUUACCUCUCUACUGCGAGCAGUGGCUUUCCUUAUCCAUGUGGCAAGAUCUCACAAACAUUCAAACCAAAACAGCAGGUGUACAGGAUGGCACACAUGUCGCUUACCUCGUACUGUGGAUGAAAUAGCUCAAGCAAAACAUGUCAUUCUGCAAGCAGCACAAAUGCCAGCCUUUGCCAAGGAACUGUCAGCCCUCCAAGCAAACAAAGUGGUGCCCACAAACAGCCCGUUGCAUAAACUCAGUCCAACUUUGGAGAGUAGUCUCAUCUGCAUUGGAGGCAGACUGAAACAUUCUCAACUAACGUGUGAAGAAAAGAACCCAGUAAUCCUACCCAAGGACAGCUACGUUUCCUUACUGCUCGUACGACAUCACCAUGAGCAGGUGAGACAUCAGGGUCGACAUCUCACAGAAGGUGCAGUAAGGGCAGCUGGACUGUGGAUUUUGGGUGGGAAGCGACUAAUCAAUUCAGUCCUACACAAAUGCGUAAUCUGCCGGAAGCUGCGUGGGAGACCGGAAGAACAACGUAUGGCUGACUUACCGCCGGAACGUCUCAAGGUUUGCCCUCCCUUCACAUACGUGGGGCUUGACGUCUUUGGACCUUGGUCUGUUGUAACCAGACGCACCAGAGGAGGACAGGCAGAGAGCAAACGGUGGGCCAUGAUGUUUAGUUGUUUGAGUUCAAGGGCCGUCCACAUUGAGCUGAUUGAGUCUAUGGACACAUCUAGCUGUAUAAAUGCUCUCAGGCGGUUCUUCGCUCUCAGAGGCCCUGCAAAGGAACUUCAGUCUGAUUGUGGGACCAACUUCAUUGGAGCUAGCAAGGAGUUGGAGAUGGGUAAUACUGUACAGGGGUACCUCAGCAAGCAAGGAUGUAGCUGGAACUUCAGACCUCCGCAUGCUUCCCACAUGGGAGGCUCAUGGGAACGGAUGAUUGGUGUUGCCAGGAGAAUCCUUGAUUCAAUGCUCUUGCAGCAAAAGAGUCGCCUGACCCAUGAAGUGCUGUCAACACUAAUGGCAGAAAUUACAGCUAUCAUCAAUGCACGUCCACUCCUACCUGUGUCUACAGACCCAAACCAACCUUUCAUUCUUUCACCAGCCAUGCUCCUCACACAGAAAUCAGGAGUUCCACCUCCUCCAGGAGAUUUCACAGACAAGGACCUCUUCACAAAACAAUGGAGGCAAGUUCAAGCACUCGCGAACCAGUUUUGGGCCCGUUGGAGCAAAGAAUACUUACCAUCCUUACAACAAAGACAAAAAUGGACAGUGACACGCAGAAACCUUCAAGUUGGGGAUCUGGUCCUCCUCAGGGACAAGCAGACCAUCCGCAACUACUGGCCCAUGGCCAUAGUCACAGCAACCUUUCCUGGGAAGGAUGGACAUGUGAGAAAGGUUGAAGUAAAACGACCGACCGGUGAACAAAAAAAAAAAAAAAAAAAAAAAAACGACGACGUGACACAAGAACCUUCCUUAGGCCAGUUGCAGAAGUAG